AUGGCGCCCCUACCUAUCAAGUUUCAAGAGCUCGUCCAGCUCGGCAGUGUCGGUGUUGACGCGCAAUCCGUUGGCUUCAACUCCUGUACUCUCGAGUCCGACACAUACAUUUGCAUCCGAGAACAAAAGAGCGAAGGAGCUCAACCAGAGGUCGUCAUUGUCGAGCUCAAAAAUGGAAAUAAUGUCACACGCCGGCCCAUCAAGGCCGACAGCGCUAUCAUGCACUGGAAUCAGCAUAUCAUUGCUCUCAAGGCGCAGUCGAGAACGCUGCAAAUCUUCGAUCUUGAGCAGAAGAAGAAGCUCAAGUCCUCCACAAUGAAUGAGGAUGUCCAGUUCUGGAGAUGGGUGAGCGACAGUACUCUCGGUCUUGUCACCACUACCAGCGUAUACCACUGGGAUAUUACCGAUGCUGCCCAGGACAGCCCCGUCAAGGUUUUUGACCGCAAUGCCAACCUCAACGGCUGCCAGAUCAUCAAUUACCGCGUUAACAGCGACGGCAAGUGGAUGGUCGUUGUCGGUAUCUCCCAGCAGCAGGGCCGUGUCGUCGGCGCCAUGCAGCUCUACUCCAAGGACCGCGGCAUCAGCCAGGCCAUCGAGGGUCACGCCGCCUCCUUCGGUACCCUGCGCCUCGAGGGUGCCCCCCAAGAUACCAAGCUCUUCAGCUUUGCUGUGCGCACUGCCACCGGCGCCAAGCUUCAUGUUGUCGAGGUCGAUCAUGCCGAGUCGAACCCAGUCUUCCAGAAAAAGGCCGUGGACAUCUUCUUUCCACCCGAGGCCACAAAUGACUUCCCUGUCGCUCUACAAAUUUCUCAAAAAUAUGGCGUUGUCUAUAUGGUCACCAAAUACGGCUUCAUCCAUCUCUACGAUCUUGAGACGGCUACUCUAAUCUUCAUGAACCGCAUCUCGAGCGAGACCAUCUUCACAACGUGUGCCGAUAGCGUCUCGGCCGGUCUUGUGGCUAUUAACCGCAAGGGUCAGGUGCUCUCGGUGACCGUCGAUGAGACCACCGUCAUUCCCUACCUUUUGGAGAAUCCCGCCAAUACCGAGAUCGCCAUCAAGCUGGCUUCGCGAGCUGGUCUGCCUGGUGCCGACAACCUCUACGGCAGACAAUUUGAGCAACUGUUCAACGCCGGCAAUUAUCAGGAAGCCGCCAAGAUCGCCGCCAACUCGCCCCGUGGCUUCUUGCGAACCGCCGAAACCAUCGAAAAGUUCAAGCGCCUUCCUACCCAACCUGGCCAGAUGGCUUUCACCCUUCAGUAUUUCGGUAUGCUGCUCGACAAGGGCUCUCUGAACGAACACGAGACGAUCGAGUUGGCACAGCCUGUGCUGCAGCAGAAUCGCAAGCAUCUCCUCGAGAAGUGGCUUGGUGAGAACAAGCUGGACUGCUCCGAACGACUCGGCGACAUGGUUCGCCCUUAUGACGUGAACAUGGCCUUGACCGUUUACCUCAAGGCCAAUGUGCCCCAGAAGGUCGUCGCUGGAUUUGCGGAGACUGGUCAGUUUGACAAGAUCCUUCCGUACUCGGCCCAGACCGGCUAUAAGCCCGAUUAUAUUCAGCUGCUUCAGCACAUCAUUCGUGUCAACCCCGAGAAGGGUGCCGAGUUUGCUACAGCCCUCGCCAACAGCGAUCAGGGCCCUCUGGUAGACUUUGAGCGCGUCUGCGACAUCUUUCAGUCACAGGGCAUGGUUCAGCAGGCCACUGCUUUCCUCCUUGAUGCCCUCAAGGACAACAAGCCUGAGCACGCCCGUCUCCAAACCAGGCUUUUGGAGAUGAACCUGAUGCAUGCCCCUCAGGUCGCGGAGGCUAUACUGGGCAAUGAUAUGUUCACCCACUUCGACAAGGGCCGCAUUGCCCAGCUUUGCGAACAAGCUGGUCUUCCUCAGAAAGCCCUGGAGCUCUACGAGGACCCCGAGGCCAUCAAGCGCGUCAUUGUCAACAUUCCAGGCAGCCCCAACUUCAACCCCGAGUGGCUCUCCGGCUUCUUCGGCAAGCUGUCCGUCGAGCAGUCUCUAGAUUGUCUCGAUGCAAUGAUGAAGACCAACAUCCGCCAGAACCUACAGUCUGUUGUCAACAUUGCCACCAAGUACUCUGAGCUUCUUGGGCCUGUCCGUUUGAUCGAUCUAUUCGAAAAAUACAAAACUUCCGAGGGUCUCUUCUACUAUUUGGGAAGCAUUGUCAACCUAUCUGAGGAUCCCGAUGUGCACUUCAAGUACAUCGAGGCUGCCACAAAGAUGGGCCAGUUCAACGAGGUCGAGCGCAUCUGCCGUGACAGCAAUAGCUACAACCCCGAAAAGGUGAAGAACUUCCUCAAGGAGGCCAAGCUUCCCGAACAGCUUCCUCUCAUCAUUGUCUGCGACCGAUUCAAUUUUGUCCAUGACCUCAUCCUGUUCCUCUACCAGAACAAGCACUUCCAGGCUAUUGAGGCAUAUGUCCAGCGUGUCAACCCCUCACGCACUCCAGCUGUUGUUGGUGGCCUACUUGAUGUUGACUGCGAGGAGAACAUCAUCAAGCAGCUUCUGAGCACUGUCAAUGCCCAGGAGAUCAACAUCGACGAACUCGUCGCAGAAGUCGAGUCUCGCAACCGCCUCAAACUUCUCCUUCCUUUCCUCGAGGCCACUCUCCAGGCUGGCAACCAACAGCAGGCUGUCUUUAAUGCUUUGGCCAAGAUCUACAUCGACUCGAACAACAACCCUGAGAAGUUCCUUAAGGAGAACGAUCAGUAUGACACUCUGACUGUUGGUAAAUACUGCGAGAAGCGUGAUCCCAACCUCGCCUACAUUGCCUACUCCAAGGGUCAGAACGAUCUCGAGCUCGUUAACAUUACCAAUGAAAACUCUAUGUACCGCGCUCAGGCUCGUUACUUGCUCGAGCGUUCCGACGGUGAGCUGUGGAACUUUGUCCUCAGCGAGAACAAUAUUCACCGACGCUCUGUUGUUGAUCAGGUCACUGCCACUGCUGUCCCUGAGUCGACUGACCCUGCCAAGGUUUCCGUCGCUGUCGCUGCGCUGCUUGAGAACGACCUGCCGCUCGAACUCAUCGAGCUGCUUGAAAAGAUUGUUCUUGAGCCUUCCCCCUUCAGCGACAACCAGAAUCUUCAGAAUCUCCUCUUGUUCACGGCUGCCAAGGCUGACAAGGGUCGUGUCAUGGACUACAUUCACAAACUCGAUGGUUACAACGCAGACGAAAUCGCCACGUCCUGCAUUGACGUCGGUCUGCACGAAGAGGCCUUUGAGAUUUACAAGAAGGCCGAUAACAAGUCUGCCGCUGUCAACGUUCUCGUCGAGCACGUUGUGAGCAUUGAUCGGGCCCAGGCUUAUGCCGAGGAGGUUGACCUGCCUGACGUAUGGAGCAAGGUCGCCAAGGCUCAGCUCGACGGUCUGCGUAUCACUGAUGGUAUUGAUUCCUAUAUCAAGGCCGAGGACCCCUCGAACUACAACGAAGUGAUUGAAACUGCUACUCAUGCUGGCAAGGACGAGGACCUCGUUCGCUACCUCCGCAUGGCCCGCAAAACUCUGCGUGAGCCUGCCAUUGACACCGCUCUCGCCUUUUCGUACGCCCGAUUGGACCAGCUACCCGAGCUGGAGGAUUUCCUUCGCGCGACUAAUGUCGCCAACAUUGAGGAGUCGGGCGAUAAGGCCUACAACGAGGGCCUCUACGAAGCUUCCAAGAUUUUCUUCACCAGCAUCUCCAACUGGGCCAAGCUUGCCACUACCCUCGUCCAUCUCGAGGAUUACCAGGCUGCCGUCGACUGCGCCCGCAAGGCCAAUAACAUCAAAGUCUGGAAGCAGGUGCACGGUGCUUGCGUCAACAAGAAGGAGUUCCGCCUGGCUCAGAUCUGCGGUCUGAAUCUUAUUGUCGAUGCUGAGCAGCUGCAAGAGCUCGUCAAGGAAUACGAAUACAACGGCUACUUUGAUGAGCUUAUUAGCCUUCUCGAGCAGGGCCUUGGCCUCGAGCGUGCUCACAUGGGCAUGUUCACUGAGCUUGGCAUUGCUCUGUCCAAGUACCACCCCGAGCGCCUCAUGGAGCACAUCAAGAUCUUCUGGUCCAGGAUGAACAUGCCAAAGAUGAUCCGCGCGUGCGAGGAAGCCAACCUGUGGCCGGAAUUGGUCUUCUGCUACUAUCACUAUGACGAGUUUGACAAUGCUGCUCUUGCCGUAAUUGAGCGCCCUGAGAACUCCUGGGAUCACCAGCAGUUCAAGGAGAUUGUUGUCAAGGUUGCCAAUCUGGAAAUCUACUAUCGCGCUAUCAAGUUUUACGUCGAGCAGCACCCCUCGCUGCUGACCGACCUCCUCGCCGCCCUGACCACCCGAGUUGAUGUCAACCGCGUUGUAAAGAUGUUCCAGAAGAAUGAUAGCCUACCGCUCAUCAAGCCCUUCCUGCUGAAUGUGCAGAGCCAGAACAAACGCACUGUCAAUGAGGCUGUCAACGACCUGCUCAUCGAGGAGGAGGACUACAAGACACUCCGCGACUCGGUCCAGAACUACGACAACUACGACGCCGUCCAGCUGGCUGCCCGUCUUGAGAAGCAUGAUCUCAUUUUCUUCCGCCAGAUUGCCGCUAAUAUUUACCGCAAGAACAAGCGGUGGGAGAAAUCCAUUGCCUUGUCAAAACAGGACAAGUUGUUCAAGGAUGCCAUUGAGACUGCAGCCAUUUCCGCCAAGGCUGACAUUGUUGAGGACCUUCUUCGCUAUUUUGUCGACAUUGGUCAUCGCGAGUGCUACACCGGCAUGCUGUAUGCCUGCAACGAUCUUAUCCGCCCAGAUGUCGUUCUUGAGCUGUCGUGGCGCCACGGUCUCAAUGACUUUACCAUGCCCUACAUGAUCAACAUGCUUUCGCAGCAGACCAAGGAGAUCGCUCUGUUGAAGGCCGACAAUGAGGCCCGCAAGGCCAAAGAGAAGGAGCACGAAAAGACUGAGGACAACACUCCCAUCCUGGGUGCAGGUCGCCUGAUGAUUACUGCCGGCCCUGGCGGUCCCGCCUCGCCCGCUCCGGUCUAUGGCCAAGCGAACGGUUUCGCCCCUCAGCCCACUGGCUUUGCCUCCCAGCCCACCGGUUACGGAUACUAA